GAUGCUCACUGAAGCUAGGAGGGUAGGAAGAGAGGUCCGACCGGGAUUUAGGGAUGGAGCAGGACAAUUUCAAGGCUGCUCUCUCAGACCUGCUUAUGGAGAAGGCUCCUCUGUGAGGAAGGAGAGGUUCAAAGAGAAGAGAGUCCCUGGAACUCCCCCAGUAGGCCUGAACUAUGUUGGGGGCAGCGCUUCCUGUCCCCUCGCACCAGGACUGGCACCCCUCUCCUGCGGCCUAGCGUCUUGCUCCUGCAUUGCCCACCGAGUCCUACCCAACCAUCUUCAACCCGGUUCCUGGAAGAGUGGGGCCUCUGUUCAUACCGAGGCCCAGCCCUUCUCCCACUUGCCCUGAGCAGGCCCGCCGUUAGGAGGGGGUGAUGGAAGGGCCCCUGGAGUAUGGGGAUGAGUCCCCAGACUCCCAGGGCCAUGCCACAGAUUGGAGAUUUGCUGUGUGCAGUUUCAGGGAUGCCUGGGAGGAGGAGGAACCUUCUCCCCAGAUGCAGGUCAAGGACUCCAAACCUCCAAGAGCACCAGCAGGGGCAGCCCAGGGUGAAGGGCUGCAGGGGAGUCCCUUGUCCAGGGAGCUUCAAUUACCCCCAGAACAGAUGACUUCAUAUGGGUCAGGGGAUGCCCAGAAAAUUACAUUAGAAGGCUCCUCAGUCCAGUCAGAGGAGCUGGCCCCCUCUGGAGUGGAGAGUCUCCUAUGUCCCAUGUCCUCCCACCUCAGCCUGGCACAGGGUGAGAAUGACAGCCCAGGGAUAGGCUUGGUAGGGGACCCAGAUCCAAGCAAGGCAAUUCCAGCCAGCUUGGGCCCUCAGGCGUUGGACAGUGACCCUGUGGACCUUGGAGACUCUUUAUCAGAGACAUCAUCAAAGCUGUUGGAGGCAGACCCCAGCAGAUCCAGCCUCCCUGAGCCUACUGACUGUCUCCUGGCCCAGGACCUCACCUGGGAGCUGCUGGCCAGUGGCAUGGCUGCCUUGCCAGGGACUAGGGACAUAGAAGGCCGAGCAGUGCUGCUUCUGUGUGCCCACAGCCCAGCCUGGCUUCACCCCAAGUGCAGCAGCCAUGAAUUCAUCCGCCUCCUGCUCUACCUGCGAAGCAUCCCCAGGCCCGAAGUACAGGCCCUGGGACUGACAGUGCUAGUUGAUGCCCGAAUUUGUUCCCCAAGCUUGUCCCUCUUCUUGGGGCUCAGCCGACUACAAGAAGCAGCCCCAGGGUCGGUGCACCAGGUGCUGCUAGUAGGAAAAAUGCCAGAGGAGGUGCCUUCUGGCCUACAGCUGGAGCAGCUGCCCUCUUAUCAGAGCCUGCUGACCCACAUCCCCACCGCGGGGUUGCCCACUUCACUGGGAGGAUAUCUGCCUUACUGCCACCAGGCCUGGCUGCAUUUCCGGAUGCGUCUGGAAGCCCUAUUGCAGAGCUGCCAAGAGGUUUGUGCCCUGCUCCAGGGGGCCAUCGAGAGUAUGAAGGCUGUGCCCCAGCCUGUGGAGUCUGGGGAAGUUGGUCAGCUGCUACGGCAGGCACGGGUCCUGAUGCAGCAGGUGCUAGACUCGCCACGGCUGGCAUGGCUACAGUGCCAGGGGGGCAUGGAGCUGGCGCGGCUGAAGCAGGAGGCCCCGGAGGUGACCCUGAGUCCAGACUAUAGGCCAGCCGUGGACAAGGCUAGUGAGCUGUAUGGCCGUGUGGACGGACUGCUGCAUCAACUGACCCUUCAGAGCAACCGACGAGUACAGGCUCUAGAGUUGGUCCAGAUGAUGGAAGCCCAGGAGAGCGGGCUGCACCAGAUUGAAGUGUGGCUGCAGCAGGUGGGCUGGCCAGCACUGGAGGAGCCAGGGGAGCCCUCGCUGGACAUGCUGCUCCAGGCCCAAGGCCCUUUUGGGGAGCUGGACCAGGUUGCCCAAGAGCAGGUCAGGCAAGGGGAGAAGUUUCUGCAGCCACUGGCUGGCUGGGAGGCAGCUGACCUGGGCCCCUGUGGAGCACGCUUUCUGACCCUGCGAGCCCAGCUGACUGAAUUCUCUAGGGCUUUGGCCCAGCGGCGCCAGCGGCUGGCAGAUGCUGAGAAGCUGUUUCAGUUCUUCAAGCAGGCCUCAAUGUGGGCUGAGGAGGGGCAGCGGCUGCUGGCAGAGCUGGAGCAGGAGCGCCCAGGGGCUGUGCUGCAGCGGCUGCAGCUGCACUGGACCAAGCACCCUGACCUGCCUCCUGCACACUUCCGAAAGAUGUGGGCUCUGGCCACGGGGCUGGGCUCAGAGGGCAUCCGCCAGGAGUGCCGCUGGGCCUGGGCACAGUGCCAGGACACCUGGCUGGCCCUGGACCAGAAGCUAGAGGCUGCCCUGAAGCCAUCAUCGGUGGGUAGCACAGCUAGCCUGUGUGUCAGCCGGGUACCCAGUGUACCUGCCCCACCUCCCCUGAGGAAGGCCUACAGCUUUGAUCGGAAUCUGGGGAAGAGUCUCAGCAAACCUACCCAUCACUGCCACCAUGCGGCCAUUGUCACUGCCUGCCACGGACCAGAGGCUGGAGGAGGUGCCCAGCCCCAGCUAUCCCCUACUGUGCCUCCACUAGGCAGCUCUGACCCCAGGAGUCCCAGCAGGCUACAGCUGGUGCUGGCAGAGAUGGUGGCUACGGAGCGGGAGUAUGUCCGGGCCCUUGACUACACCAUGGAGAACUACUUCCCCGAGCUGGAUCGCCCUGAUGUGCCUCAGGGCCUCCGCGGCCGGCGUGCCCACCUCUUUGGCAAUCUGGAGAAGCUGCGUGACUUCCACUGCCAUUUCUUCCUGCGUGAGCUGGAGGCUUGCACCCGGCACCCACCUCGAGUGGCCUACGCCUUCCUGCGCCACAGGGUGCAGUUUGGGAUGUAUGCGCUUUACAGCAAGAAUAAACCUCGCUCUGACGCCCUGAUGUCUAGCUAUGGUCAUGCCUUCUUCAAGGACAAGCAGCAAGCACUGGGGGACCACCUGGACUUGGCCUCCUACCUGCUGAAGCCCAUCCAGCGCAUGAGCAAGUAUGCACUGCUGCUGCAGGAGCUGGCACGGGCCUGCGCGGGUUCCACGCAGGAGCUGAGUGCUCUGCAGGCAGCCCAGAGCCUCGUGCACUUCCAGCUGCGACACGGCAAUGACCUGUUAGCCAUGGACGCCAUCCAGGGCUGUGAUGUCAACCUCAAGGAACAGGGGCAGCUGGUGCGACAGGAUGAGUUCAUGGUGCGCACUGGGCGCCACAAGUCCCUACGCCGUGUUUUCCUCUUUGAGGAGCUGCUGCUCUUCAGCAAGCCUCGCCGUGGGCCUGCAGGUGUUGACACAUUUGCCUACAAGCGCUCCUUCAAGAUGGCAGACCUUGGCCUCACCGAGUGCUGCGGGGACAGCAAUCUGCGCUUUGAGAUCUGGUUCCGCCGUCGCAAGGCCAGGGACACCUUUGUGCUGCAGGCCUCCAGCUUGGCCACCAAGCAGUCCUGGACGGCUGACAUCUCCCGCCUGCUCUGGAGGCAGGCUGUCCACAACAAGGAGGUGCGUAUGGCUGAGAUGGUGUCCAUGGGAGUUGGGAACAAGGCCUUCCAGGACAUUGCCCCCAGUGAGGAAGCUAUCAACGACCGCACCAUCAACUACGUCCUAAAGUGCCGAGAAGUUCGCUCUCGGGCCUCCAUUGCUGUGGCCCCGUUUGACUAUGACAGCCCCUACCUGGGGGCCUCGAGCUCCCUUCCUGGAGACCCUGCCUCUUGCUCUGUUCUGGGGUCCCUCAACCUGCACCUGUAUAGAGACCCAGCUCUUCUGGAUCUCCGCUGGCCCCUACAUCCUCCCAACUUCCCAGAGGAAGCAGCGCUGGAGGCUGAGGCGGAGCUGGGCAGCCAUCCCUCUCUGACUCCUGAGGACUCAGAGGUCUCAUCCCAGUGCCCAUCAGCCAGUGGCUCCAGUGGCUCUGACAGUAGCUGUGUGUCAGGACAGGCCCUGGGCAGGGGCCUCGAGGACUUGUCCUAUGUCUGAGCCCAGGCUCGAAGACAAGCAGUGGAUCCAGCAGCCUGUAGCUCCAAGGAAUAACACCUCUCUGGAUCUGCUGUGACCAGGGCAUGGCUGGCACCUGGGCCAUCUCCAGCGCACAUGGACAGCCCUGUUGACUACCCUUUCUGAUAUCUGUAGCCAUUGGACAAACUGGAAUGGGGCCACCCUGGGGGAGUUUGCUGCAGAGCCUGAGUGAGCACCCUGAUCCCAGGUUCCUGGCCCCAUGUCCCCUUCUGUUUCCUCUCCAGCUCCCACCCCAGUUGUGGGUUAAGAAUAGACUAGGUAGAGAGUGGGCAUUUCCAUGCUCUAGGCUGGUGGGGCACCGUAUGGUUCUGGGUAGUGACUAGGCUGCCCCCACCCCUCAGGAGGAACACAGGUGGGCUCCCAGCAGCUGCUCCUCAGUCCCUGGACUUGAAGCUGAGGUCCUCAACCAUAGGAGCUGGCCCACUCCUUUUGUGCCCUUACCCUUACCUAUCGUGGCCACCCAAGGCCCAGCCUCUUUUUUUCCCGGAGCAAUUUGGUUAUUAUGACUUGAUGCCUUUUGAAUAUCUUUCAAGAGAGUUGUCUAAAAUUAUCUCACUGGUUGUUAGGCCUUUGGUGUCUCAGAGAAGGAGUCGAGGCUUUUGACUUGUGAUUUAUUAUUUUAUUUGUUUAUAAUAAAAAAACAGACUUAUAUGUAUCCUUAGGUGGGCACA